GUUGCGUCGCGGGGCGGGGCAGAGGAGCGUUGUCCGUAAGGCCUCAGCCGUGUGUCCUCGGCCGCCACCCCCGCUGCUGUGUAUAUCCGCCCCUCUCCUCCCUUUCGAGGGUACUGGCGACAGCCGGGCCCUGGGGUGGCAGCGCAGCCACCAAACGUCUCCGCCGAGUUGUCUUUGCUAGUUGGCGGCUCUUUUCGGCUGGGUCCGGAUCGGGGAUUGGAAAAUGGCGCCGGCGCCCCAAGGCGUCCGGGAGGAGCCGCGGCUGGAUCGUCGGUCCAGAGCACUUUCCCGGCUUCUUUUCCUCGCCCAGGCUGCUCUCCUCUUGCUGCCGGCUGCUCGGGCGGGCCUGUGCCCCGCGCCCUGCUCCUGCCGCAUCCCUCUGCUGGACUGCAGUCGCAGGAAACUACCAGCGCCGAGCUGGAGGGCGCUGUCGAGCCCGCUGCCCCCCGACGCUGCCAGCUUGGAUCUGAGUCAUAAUCGCUUGUCUGACUGGAACAUCAGUUUGGAAUCUCAAACCUUACAAGAAGUGAAAAUGAAUUAUAAUGAGCUAACAGAAAUCCCAUAUUUUGGAGAACCAACCUCUAAUAUUACUCUGCUCUCACUAGUCCAUAAUAUAAUCCCAGAAAUAAAUGCAGAAGUGUUUCAGUUUUACCCUGCUCUUGAGAAUUUAGAUCUCAGUUCAAAUAUAAUAUCAGAAAUCAAGACCUCUUCAUUUCCUCGAAUGCAGCUUAAAUACCUAAAUUUGAGUAAUAAUAGGAUAACCAUCUUGGAGGCUGGUUGCUUUGAUAAUUUAUCCAGUUCCCUACUAGUGGUAAAGUUAAACAGGAACAGAAUCAGCAUGAUUCCACCUAAGAUUUUCAAGCUACCUCACCUCCAGUUCUUGGAACUUAAAAGAAACAGAAUUAAAGUGGUGGAAGGUCUGACAUUCCAAGGGCUUGACUCCUUAAGAUCUUUGAAGAUGCAGCGGAAUGGUAUUAGCAAACUUAAGGAUGGAGCAUUUUUUGGCUUGGAUAACAUGGAAGAAUUAGAGCUAGAGCAUAAUAACCUUACAGAAGUGAACAAGGGAUGGUUGUAUGGCUUGCGAAUGUUACAACAGCUCUAUGUCAGCCAGAAUGCUGUUGAAAGAAUCAGCCCUGACGCGUGGGAGUUCUGCCAAAGACUAUCUGAACUUGAUUUGUCCUAUAACCAGUUGACCCGCCUGGAUGAAUCUGCCUUUGUGGGUCUGAGCUUACUGGAGAGACUGAAUUUAGGGGACAACAGAGUCACUCACAUUGCUGAUGGUGUAUUUCGAUUUCUUUCCAAUCUUCAGACACUAAACUUAAGGAACAAUGAAAUUUCAUGGGCCAUAGAAGAUGCUAGUGAAGCUUUUGCUGGACUCACAAGUCUCACUAAAUUAAUCUUACAAGGAAAUCAAAUUAAGUCAAUUACAAAGAAAGCAUUCAUUGGUCUUGAAUCCCUUGAGCAUCUAGACUUGAACAACAAUGCUAUAAUGUCUAUCCAAGAAAAUGCUUUUUCUCAGACUCGCUUGAAAGAACUGAUUCUGAACACAAGCAGUUUACUCUGUGACUGCCAUUUGAAGUGGUUGCUUCAGUGGCUGGUUGAUAAUAACUUCCAGCAUUCUGUGAACGUAAGCUGUGCACACCCCGAGUGGCUAGCAGGGCAGAGCAUCCUGAACGUGGAUCUGAAAGACUUUGUCUGUGAUGAUUUUCUCAAGCCACAGAUAAAAAUGCAUCCUGAAAAUACAGUUGCUCUAAGAGGCAUGAAUGUGACUCUGACGUGCACCGCAGUGAGCAGCAGCGACUCACCCAUGUCUACCGUGUGGCGCAAAGACAGUGAAAUCCUGAAUGACAUCGAUGUUGAGAAUUUUGUUCGUUAUCAGCAGCAAGCUGGAGAAGCUCUAGAAUAUACGAGUGUCUUACAUCUUUUCAAUGUGAAUUUCACAGAUGAAGGAAGAUAUCAGUGUAUCGUUACUAAUCACUUUGGAUCUAAUUAUUCUCAAAAAGCCAAACUGACUGUGAAUGAGAUGCCAUCUUUCCUGAAAACUCCAAUGGAUCUCACUAUCCGCACUGGUGCCAUGGCCAGAUUAGAGUGUGCUGCAGAGGGGCACCCUGCACCUCAGAUUUCUUGGCAGAAAGAUGGUGGCACCGACUUUCCUGCAGCUCGAGAAAGACGCAUGCAUGUCAUGCCUGAGGAUGAUGUCUUCUUCAUUGCCAACGUGAAAAUAGAAGACAUGGGAGUCUAUAGCUGCAUGGCACAAAAUAUAGCCGGAGGCCUUUCAGCAAAUGCCUCUCUCACAGUAUUAGAGACACCCUCAUUUAUCAGACCCCUGGAAGAUAAGACAGUAACCCGAGGUGAGACUGCAGUAUUACAGUGCAUAGCUGGAGGGAGCCCUGCCCCUCGUCUCAACUGGACCAAAGAUGACGGGCCACUGCUGGUGACAGAACGGCACUUCUUUGCGGCAGCCAACCAGCUUCUCAUCAUUGUCGAUGCUGGCCUGGAAGAUGCUGGGAAAUACACCUGCAUUAUGUCUAACACCCUUGGGACAGAACGUGGUCACAUUUACCUAAAUGUCAUUUCAUCUCCCAAUUGUGACUCUUCCCAGAGUAGCAUUGGGCAUGAAGAUGAUGGCUGGACCACAGUUGGCAUUGUCAUCAUUGUUGUGGUCUGCUGUGUUGUGGGCACCUCUUUGAUCUGGGUCAUUGUUAUUUACCACAUGAGAAGGAAGAAUGAAGACUACAGUAUCACAAACACAGAUGUCUCUUUUACAGAGGAGCUUAAUCUGCCUGCAGACAUUCCCAGCUACUUGUCUUCCCAAGGAACACUGUCAGAGCCACAAGAAGGCUACAGCAACUCUGAGGCAGGCAGUCAUCAGCAACUUAUGCCUCCUGCCAAUGGAUAUUUACACAAAGGCGCUGAUGGUGGUCCUGGUACCCGGGUUAUUUGCUCAGAUUGUUAUGACAAUGCCAACAUCUACUCCAGGACCCGAGAAUACUGCCCGUACACGUAUAUUGCUGAGGAAGAUGUUCUAGAUCAGACACUGUCCAGCCUCAUGGUCCAGAUGCCCAAGGAGACAUAUUUGGCACAUCCUCCCCCAGAUGCCCCUACCCUGGAGAGCCUGGUGUCAUCAGCAGACAAAGAGAUGGCUGCCUUUCCCACCAACCAUGAGAGGAUAAAUGAGAAGAAACUUACGUCCACACAGAUGAAUAGUGAAACGUUGCCGCGGCCUCUGUGGAACAUAAGCAAAGAGCUAGGCUUGCCUCAUCCUCCCUUUUCCCAGCAGCCAGUCCUUGAGCCACCACAAGUCCAUCAAAAUGAGGGUCUGGCAGAGAGUGGCCCAGACUGUUCCGCCUCCCCCACGCCUUGUCACAGGUUGCAUGACCAUGCUUUUGAUUUUAGUAGGACUCGGAACAUUCAGGAUGGUAGUGAGGGCACAUGAAACUCACUCCAGAAAGAGAUGUGGGCAGAGACUCAAGUUACUUCAUUUUGUAUUUACUACCUCAGAGUUCAGAAGAAACCCCAAAGUCAGCAUUUGCUUUACCCCAUCUGCAGUUACAUCUGACCCCACUGAGGUACGCCAGGCAUUUAUUUGGGCUUAUUCCUGAUGAAGAAGGGGAAAUGGCUGACAGAAAUGGGUACAUCUAAUAAAACCUGUGCAACACGGACAGAGGAAAAUACAGGACAAAACGUUCUUGCUGAUGGUUCCAUGGGGAUGUGCCCAGCUGUGCACUGCCUGUUAGGGAGUCUCAUUGCUGCUUAACAUGCUGGAUUGUCUCAACCUGCAGAAUGAUUCUGAGAAAACAUCACUGUUCUGGUGUGUCUUCCAGGAGCAGAAAUAACUUUGGAGCCCUCUGGGAAGUGUGUCUGGGAUUCUUCAGUGGUUUUAAGCAUCUAGUUGAGACCAGGGCUUUGAUAUUCAGGGUCUUUGACAAGAAUCCCAGGCUUGACCAAUUGUUACCACAUCAAAGGGUUUUGUAUUCUUGUGAAUCUUUUUUUUUUUUUUUGGUCCUUAUCACCCAGGGAUCUCAUUGUAAAUAUAUGUGCAUUUAUAAAUAAUUUUUGUAUUCAUUGACCAUAUGUGUUGGCUGCAUUGUAAAUAUUUUUGAUAUGCCAGAAUUAUAUAUAAUACCCAGUUAAUAAUA